UCCGACAUUGCACCCUGUCACUGGUCGUGUCUGGCCUGAACUGCGUGCGCCUCUAGCUUUGCUGGGCGGAGUGCGGCAGCCUCGCAUGAUCUGCUUGUUUGUAACAAGUGUUGCCGCCAUUGAUGGAACCUCUCGCGAAUUGUACGACUUGACGACUCAAGGCGACAGCAUCGGCGGAAGUAAUGUACGCAUGAGAUGCACGAAGCGGCUGGAGGCAUCCGUGCAUAGGUUGGGGCUACCGACGAGGGGUGGAGGUACGCCAGGCGUAAUCUUACCAGUCGAUCAUAGCCAUCAGAAGGGCUGUGCAAGUCUUGGCCGAUAGUUCUACAGAUGACUCUAUCGUCG